CAAAAUGAGCAUAUCUCAAAUAUUAUGGUACUUGUUCCUACUAUAUCUUGGGUACAAGGCUCUCUAUUGGGUCCACUUCUUCUAUUGAGCAAGAGAAAAUUACUACAAAGGACAGAGGAUUAAGAAAGAGAGAGACAGUAAAACUUAUGAUUUCCCUCCUGAAAACCAAGCUGUCUUGGAGUGAUCUACCAUUCAAGAUCUUCUAGAUGGCCAAUUUAGUAGAAGAUUUACAGCUACAGAUAUCGUAAAUACUUAUGCCAAUAGAUGUUACACAAUUGGAAGGAAGCACAACUACACUGCUGAUGAGAUGUUUGAGAGAGCUCUCUCAGAUGCAAAAGAAAAAGAUAAGCAAUUGAAAGAUAUUCUUGACCAAGGGAAGAAUCCUAAAAAUGUCCUUGGCAAACUUCAUGGAAUCCCCUUUUCAGUAAAAGACCAUAUCUGGGUAGAAGGAACUAUUUCUUCAUGAGGAGUCAGCUCGAUGACUGAUAAUAUUAAAAAUAAGGAUUCUUAUAUUGUACAGGCUUUAAGAAAGGAGGGAGCGAUUCCUCUUGUUAAAGGAAAUUGAUCAGAAGGUAAUCUUACCCAUCAUACCACUAACCUUGUGUGGGGUGAAGCUAAGAACCCAUGGGACAAUACCAGAACUUGUGGUGGGUCUAGUGGAGGUGAUGCAGCCCUCGUUGCAUCUGGAUGAAUUCCUUUCUCCAUUGGAUCUGACUGUCUUGGAAGUCUCAGAAUUCCUGCAUUGUUCUGAGGAAUUUACACUCUUUUUCCAACUUUCAAGAGAAUGAGUGCCAAAAGAGCUGAGACUUAUCUGCAAGAUAAUAUUCAAAAUUUCGAGCUUCUUCCAUAUGCAAUUGGUCCUUUGACCCGAAAUGCAAGUGAUCUCACAAUAGUAGCUAAAAUUAUGUUCUCAGAGGAUGUUUAUGAAGAAUAUAGAAGAUACCCUAAAGUUCCUUUUAACAAAGCUCUUCAUUCAAGCACUGGCAAAUUAAAGAUCGGAAUUUUAAACGAUGUUGAGAAGAUAUCAACUCUUUCAAAAACUGCUGAAAGAUCUAUAGAGAUUGCCUCCCAAAUCCUUGAAGAUAAUGAUCAUGAAGUUGUUAAUGUUGACCUAGUAGAGAACACCGAUGAGCAAUCUCACAUGGUGCACCGUAACGCUAUAUAUAUGGCUGGAGUCCCUCUCAAAAACAAGUUAUUUAAAUCUAAAGAUUAUGUAGGUCCUGCUGUUAUCCUCAGUGUUAUAUUUAAUCAUGUUCCAACCUUGGUCCUCAAAAUUGCUGACUUUCUCUUUUCAUUCUGUAAAGGAAAGAGGACUUUAUUAUCAAUGAAAGAUUUAAUACAGCCAAGUGCGCAAGAUAUCAUGGAUUUUACAAUGCAAAAGCAGCAAACAGUAGAGAAGACAAUUCAGAAAUGGAAAGAACUUGGACUUGAUGCUUUGAUAGUUCCUUCUUUCCCAAUUCCGGCUGUUAAAAGCAAACUUUGUGACCAAGUUCUAUUGAUGUCAGGUGCUUAUAGGUUGGCUCCUUUUUGGGGAUUCCCUGCUGGUUCUGUUCCAAUCACUACUGUUAGAGAAGACGAACAAGAAUACAAAGAUGAAAAAUUUAAUGACAACAUCUCCAAAGCUUGUGCUGAAUCUAUGAAAGAUUCCAAAGGUCUCCCAAUGGGAGUAGAAGUGAUAUGCAUGCCAUAUAAAGAAGAGCAGAUUCUGAGAAUCAUGGAGUUACUCCAGAGAGACUCCAAUAAAAGAUAAAUUUCUAAAGAGUAGUUCAAUGUA